UGCUAGCUAUAACACCGUAACUUCAAUAGUUGCCAGCAGUUAGCUAAAGGAGACUUGAUUUUAUCUACCUUAACAUUAGUGUAGACUUAUUGAAACUUAAGCAGUUAUACGAUAGUAGCCUAUUACUUUUUACUACAGCCGUUUGCUUUUUAUCUAGUAAAAUGAUAAAGUUCAGCUGUGUUAAUCUUGACAGGUUUAUGGAGGAGUUUACUCAACUAGAACAGAAAAUUACAGAGGUUAAUGGCAAAAACAACAUGUUGGAGAUCAUGCUGGAGGAUGCCAAUAGACAAAUGAAAUUCUAUCUGACCAAGGAGAAAAAUCUGAUUGAGGAGAGAGACAGUCUUCUGGUCACAGUGAACAGACUGCAGCAGACUCUGCAAGAGCAAUGCAACCUCAGAGUGGAGAAUGAGAGACUGAGGAACACGAUGGUGGAAGUGAAACAACACAAUGAGAGAACAGCCGAGGAUGGAGAAGCUGAGCUUCAGCGGCUCGUCAGUGAGAUGAGAGCAGAAGGAGAGAGACACAAGAGGGAGCUAGAGACUGUCGGGCAGCAGUGCAGGAGAGAGGUGGAGGACGCCCACCGGGAGGGUUUCCAUCAGUUGGAAACUAAAGAUGUUGAAGUUAAGAAUCUGCUGGAGGAAAAGGAUCUGGAUCUGGAGAAGCUGAAGAAGAGGCUGAUGGAGCAGGAGAGGGAGAGGCAGAGCGAGCUCCUCAAGUUACAGAUGGAGUUUGGUGCAAAGUUAGCCAGAGUUCAGAGUACAGCUCAGUGGAGCCAACAGCAGCAGCAGCAACAACAACACGGCUCCAACCUUCUUCCACAGAGUGUCUUCAAGAGGAAGCUGAAGUCUUUCCAGGAAGAGAAAAACAAGGAGAUUGGGGUUCUGCGUCAGCGAAUCAAAGAGCUGGAAGAGAUCCAGCGUGUCAGCGUCUUCAGCGACAGCCAGAUAAAGAAGAGAAAGAUCUAAGUUGUUUGGAGGCGAGCCAAUCUGCAGGCGGGUGAAUCUCCUCAGGGGGCAGAAGGGACUAAAGAUUUGAGAAAUUUCCAGAUUUGUAUUUCAGUUUCCUUUCACAUUUAAAUUCAGUUCCUCAGAGUUGUUGACGUAUUUUACAGAUCACUUAUUGAACUACACUGCUUCUUGUGCACGGUCAUACUUGACUUGGAGGUGACCAGUGUGCAGCACAUUUACUCACAAGUCAUGUUCCUGUCUAAGGCUUUAAUCCAAUCAGACGCCUGCAUGGGAGGGCAAGAGGCAAGGCGCUGAAGCAGGAGAAGCACACGUCUGAGUAAAUCAGAUAGCUGGGAGGCCAAUCCUCUUCAGGGAAUUAAACAUGUUUAUCCCCUUUAUUCAAUGAAAAAAAUAAUCUUUUAACUCACAUCUGCUAUUUAUAUCAGAUUCAUUGAAGUCAAAGCUGCAUGCUACUAAUGUAGACAUUCUAGUUCCCGUUGUUGAUGUUUAGGAAAGUAAAUUCUACCUGAAUGAUUAUUAAGAAUCAGUUUCUUUAUUGACUGUAUCGAUCAACUUUGAUUUUUAACAUGAAAGUGGAGAGCUCAGUGAGAACAUUCAUAGCACUGCUGUCAUUCUGGACUUGAUGUACUCCUGAUGUCCUCCUGAUGUCCUCCUGAUGUCCUCCUG